AUGCCGCCCGCGAUUCCGGGGACCAAGGUCUCCCUCCGGGAGCUGGCCGACCUGGCCAUCGGCACCCCGGAGGUGGGCGCGGUGAACUUCACCGCCCUGCACACGCUCAUCUUGGCCAUGCUCAAGAACCUCAGCCUCCAAGAGACUCUCAUCGACCUGCAGACCCUAUCUCCAGAGGCUGGCCGCUCGCUUGAGUCCCUCCGGGACUCCUUUAUCUCUCAGCACGCGCCACCACCAGGGCCACUGCCAGCGCCGCUGCCAGCGCCACUGCCAGCGCCGCUGCCGGCGCCACUGCCAGCGCCAUUGCCAGCGCCACUGCCAGCGCCACUGGCACCGCCAGCGCCACUGGCACCGCCACCGCCACCGCCACCGCCACCGCCACCGUCCAAAGAGAGACGCAGAAGUGUGAGCAGGUCAUUCUCCCAGGCGCUGGAGAACCAGGUGCAGGACCUCACCAAGCAGCUCAAGACCAUGGACGGCAAGAUGGAGGACAUCACCACCCACUUGCAGUUCAUCACUUCCAAGGCCAGCGCCCUCCACAUGGACAUCCCUGAGUGGCUGCAGGAGAAGGAGAUGGCCGUGCCAACCUUGGAUAUGGCUGAGAUAAAGUCUGGGAAGGUCCUGAAGGACACUGUGGAGGUCAGCACCCCCAAGACCAUGAUCCUGCUCCAAGAAGUUAUGGAAGAUGUGCAGAACCUGAAAGAAGCCUACAAAAAGGAGUCUGCUGCGUUUAAGCCUCAAGUGAAGGAAGUCCUCCAUCGCAUUGAAGACCUUGAGAAGCAAAUCAAAGAGCGAGAUGAAGUCCUGUUAUUGAUUUCCUUCUUCCUCUUCAUCCAGGGCUCAGAAGUGGGGCUUCCUAAGCGCAAAGGGCCGUCUUCUUUAACACUGAGUGAUCAAGCUCCAAGUUCAGUCUCUGUCAAACAUCCAAGUCCUGACCAGACUCGGGAUUCCACUGGUGGCCUGGAUCAGUCAUCAGAAUCCAGUGGACACCCCUCUGAAGGUGUCUCCCUCAGAGAUCGAAGCAGGGGUUCCUCUACUACUAGAUUUCUGGGCAGGGUUCGUGAUGAAGCCGGCAUGCCAAAACCGCGCCAGUCUACAUCCCAGUUAAGAGCAGAGUCAGAGCGCCGCAAAGGCAGAGAGACACCCACCACGACCCAUCCAAGAAGAGACGAGCGAGAGGUACGCCCUGGCCCAUCUCAACAGGACUUGCCCUUAGCCAGAGAUCAGCAUUAUGCAUAUCCAGAUCAGCGUCGUGGAGUGCGUAUCGGCCAAGAUGAAGUCUAUGAAUGGCCAGGUCAGCAAAGAACAAGACCAGAGCGAUUUGAAUUUCCAUAUCCUAGCACUCAUCCACAUGGUGUGGUGCCUCUCGGUGGGAGUCAGCUUGGUGAGCUGCCACCCGAAAUGUACUAUCAGGUCUUGGCACCACUUGGCAUGGAUCAGCGUGGUGUGGUGCCACCUUUAGUACCUGGCAGGGAUCAAGAAAGAUUGGGACAACCAGGUACAGACCAACUUGGUAUGGUUCCGCUCAGAACCUAUCCAUAUGGCACAAUACUUCCUGGCACAGAUGAACGUAGUGUGGAACAGCCUGGCACACAUGAGCGUGAUAUGGGACUCCUUGGCAUGGAUCAGCAACAACGGGCACUGCCUGGCGUGGACCAACAGGGAUUGCUUCUACCUCUUACAGAUGAGCGUGCUUUGGUAUCACCUGGUCUGAUGCAGGUUGUUGGAGAUCAACAAGGUCUGGGACAGCCCACUUUGGAAGCACCUGGCUUCAUACAACCUGGCGCAGAGCAGCGUGAUUCUGUCCAGCCUGGCAGAGAUCGGCCUGGCUUUGUGCAGCCUGGUGCAGAUCCGAGUAUUUUGGUACCACCUGGGACAGACCGACAAGGUUUGGUGCAACCUGGCAUAAGUCCGCGUACUUUGGUCCACCCUGGUCCACACAGGCCUAGUUUGGUACCUCCUGGCACAACUCAGCCUGGCUUUGUCCAACCUGGUGCAUAUCCACACGAUCUGGUGCCACCUGGUGCAGAUCAGCAUGGCGUGGGUCAGCGUGGCGUGGUGCCACCCGGUGUUGGCCAGCGUGGCGUGGUGCCACCCGGUGUUGGCCAGCGUGGCGUGGUGCCACCCGGCACGGGUCAGCGUGGCGUGGUGCCACCCGGCACGGGUCAGCGUGGCGUGGUGCCACCCGGCGCGGGCCAGCGUGGCGUGGUGCCAUCUGGCGUGGGACAGCCUGGUUUGGUGCCACCCGGCGUGGGCCAGCCUGGUUUGGUGCCACCCGGUGUGACUUGUAUCAGCGUGGCACAGUGCCAUCUGCAGUGGAUCAGCAUGACAUGGCGCCACCUAGCAUGGAUCAGCGUGUCAUGA